UGAUAACAGAUAAUUAUCUCCGCCGUUGAUGAGCUCCACGGGAAAUGAUGUGAUCAUGAUCAUGAUGAGGGUGCUGGCUUGUUUCUUCAUUUUCGUGCAGGUGAUAAUCACAAUGGUGCAGUGCCAGCAGAUUCCCGACGACGGCGACUACAACGGCGUCAACACGACUCAGCUCAACGAUCCUGCGGUGCUGAACAUGGUCACGGAGAUGGUCUACCGGCGUCUCUCCGGCGUCACCUCCCAGCUCAUACACAGUCAGAUUGCUGACAGGGCUUCUUUCUGCGUUACCAACCCGGAUGAUGAUUGGAACAGAUCCUUUAACUAUUCAGAUAAUUUGAGUUUCUUGUCGAACUGCAUUCUCAGCACUCGAGGAGACUUGCCCCAGAGAUUGUGUACAGCAGCAGAGCUGAAAUUCUACUUCACUAAUUUCAUAGCAAAGGCGAACUCUCCAGCUACUUUUCUCAAACCCAACAGGAACUGUAACAUAACGAAAUGGGUUUCGGGCUGCGAGCCAGGAUGGGCUUGUAGUGCUGGCUUGACUCGGCCUGUCGAUUUCACCGACUCCCGUGAAAUACCAGCCCGAACUUCUGAUUGUCAGCCUUGCUGUGAGGGCUUCUUCUGCCCUCAGGGUCUUACAUGCAUGAUACCAUGUCCAUUAGGUUCACACUGCCCGCUAGCGACAUUCAACGUGAGCACCAGCCUAUGCGACCCAUAUCUUUACCAGUUACCUCCUGGAAGGCCAAAUCAUUCUUGUGGAGGGGCUAAUAUUUGGGCAGAUGUUAGCAGAGGCGGUUCAAUGUUCUGUUCUGCAGGAUCAUAUUGCCCAACAAACACAGAAGAAAUUCCUUGUGCCAGCGGGCAUUACUGCCGCAUGGGCUCUACAACUGAAACACGAUGCUACAAGUUGACUUCAUGUGAUUCCCACUCAACGAGGCAGAAUAUAACUCAAUACGGGUUAAUGCUGAUUGUUGGUAUUAGUGUUAUCCUAUUCAUCUUCUACAAUUGUUAUGAGCAAGUUAUCAGCCUUAGAGAAAGGAGAUAUGCUAGAUCAAGGGAAGUUGCAGUGGAAAGUGUAAAGGAGAAUGCUCAAGCACAAGCAAGAUGGCUCGCUGCAAAGGAUGCAAUUAAAAAGAGAGCUAUUGAGAUGUCCCACUCAUUUUCUCUUAGAAAUAUUGUCCUACCUGGUGUGCAGCAGCGUGGUGCUACAUCUGGACGAAUGGAAACAGAAUCUGGUCGUCCUCCAAUACAGGAUAAUGAAGAAUAUAGUAAUAGUUUGGAAGGUGCCAAUGCUGAAACUGAAAACAAGGACAAGAAAAAAAAGUUGAAGGUGAAACACAUUCGUACAAAUACUCAGAUUUUCAGGUAUGCCUAUUCUCAACUUGAGAAAGAGAAAGCUCAACAGCAGCAGAACAGAGACCAUAGCUUCUCAGCUGCCAUCUCGAUGGCAAUCAACAGCGAGGCCACGAGUAGACCCACAAUUGAGAUUUCUUUUAGAGAUCUUAUGGUCACAUUGAAACAAAAGAAGAAACAUCUUUUAAGGUCUGUCACUGGGGAAAUCAGGCCAGGUCGAAUUACUGCUCUCAUGGGUCCAUCAGGGGCAGGAAAAACAACUCUGCUUUCAGCACUGGCUGGAAAAACAGUUGGGUGCUCGAUAACUGGUUUAAUACUAAUAAAUGGAAAGGUGGAGUCGAUCCGAUCGUAUAAAAAGAUUGUUGGCUUUGUGCCCCAGGAUGAUGUCGUGCAUGGAAAUUUGACAGUGGAAGAGAAUAUAUGGUUCAGUGCCAACUGCAGAUUGUCGGCAGAUUUAGCAAAAGCAGACAAGGUGCUUGUUGUUGAAAGAGUGAUUGAGUCCCUGGGGUUGCAGCCAGUACGGGACUACUUGGUUGGCACUGUGGAGAAGCGAGGUAUCUCUGGAGGACAGAGGAAGCGUGUGAAUGUGGGUCUGGAGCUGGUGAUGGAACCUUCACUUUUAUUUUUAGAUGAACCGACCUCUGGAUUGGACAGCUCCUCUUCUCAGCUGCUUCUUAGAGCUCUCAAGCGUGAAGCUCUUGAGGGGGUAAACAUUUGCAUGGUCGUUCACCAGCCGAGUUAUUCCUUGUUCAGGAUGUUUGAUGAUUUGAUACUUCUGGCGAAGGGAGGUCUUACUGUCUACCAUGGGGCAGUUAAGGAUGUCGAAGACUAUUUUGCACAACUCGGGCUUGUUGUCCCUGAACGUAUUAAUCCACCAGACUACUUUAUAGACGUUUUGGAGGGAAUGGUCAAACCAAGCACAAACUCCGCCGUGACUUAUGAAGAGCUUCCUCUCCGAUGGAUGCUCCAUAAAGGUUAUCCUGUACCUCCAGAUAUGCAAAAUAAUCUUUCUGUGGUCGGUAUACCUGCAAUGUACGCCUGUCCAGGAAAUCAAGAAAAUUACUCUGGUUCUGGCAGUGAGCAAUUAUCCUUUUGGCGGGAGUUCUGGCAAAAUUUAAAGUAUAAAGUGGAGGCACGAUAUGAUGUAAUACGAAAUAACUUCUUGAAGUCUAAGGAUUUGUCAAGUAGAAGAACUCCCUGCAUUCUCCAACAAUAUAAAUACUUCCUUGCAAGGAUGGCUAAGCAACGACUUCGAGAAGCUAGAAUCCAAGCAAUAGACUAUCUUAUUUUGUUGCUUGCUGGUGCUUGUUUGGGACUGAUCUCGAAAGGAGGUGACGAAAAUUUUGGCGCACCUGGUUAUACUUACACCAUCAUAGCUACUUCUUUGCUGUGCAAAAUUGCGGCUCUGAGAACAUUUGCACUGGACAAGUUAGAAUACCGGAGGGAACGUGCUUCCGGCAUUAGCAGCCUCGCUCAUUUUGUUGCAAAGGACACUAUAGAUCAUUUCAGUACACUGAUUAAGCCAUUGGUCUACCUCUCCAUGUUCUAUUUUUUCAGCAAUCCAAGAUCUCUCUUCCUUGACAAUUACAUUGUCUUGCUCUGUCUUGUUUAUUGCGUGACGGGUGUAGCUUAUGCAUUGGCAAUUUUCCUUGAGCCCGGUCCAUCUCAGCUGUGUUCUGUACUUCUCCCAGUGGUUCUGACUCUUCUUUCGACUCGGCCCAAAGGCAGUACUUUUAUGAAGAUUUUGACAAGCUUGUGUUAUCCAAGCUGGGCUUUAGAAGCAUUUAUAGUCUCAAAUGCAAAGAGAUACUAUGGUGUAUGGCUCAUACAACGGUGUGGUGCACUUCUCAAAACAGGCUAUAAUCUCCAUCAGUGGAAUCUUUGUAUAUCUCUUCUCUUGGCAGCAGGUGCAGCUUGUCGAAUUUUAGCUUUAAUUGGUAUGUUAACUUUAGGGAAAAAGUGACAUGGAAAAUAAGCUUUGAAUGGCAGUCUCUCCGCAUUUGCCAUAGUAGAUACCAUGUAAAUAUUCGUGAUAUACGGGAUGUUUCUUGGAGGUUCACCAAGUUCUGGCUAACAACUUGUAACGAGAGUAGAUUAGAUGACAACGUUACAAGGAUACAAAAGGCCUUGAGGGAAAUAUUUAUGAUUUGUAUAUGUAACACCAUAUUUUAUCGUUAA